GUCUUUAACUUUUUUAACAUUUUUAAAUUAUUUAUUAUUUUUAAUAUUCCGACUCCUUAUCCUCUUUCAUUACCGGACAAAAGAUGUGGGAAGAUAUUUUUACUACGAUGCAAUGCCAGUUUGGUCAAAAUAAAAUCGCUGCAAAUAUUUUAAAAAUCCCAUAAAGAGUUUCAUAUCCGCACAGAAGGUGUUCGAUUAAAUUCCGCUGAGAGUGUUUUUCGACUUUCGAUGCUUCUGUAAUGGUAUCUCGCAUGGCUGCUUUGACUUCUCUUUCUUCAGUUCAGUUCAGACUCACCGACAUUCUCGGAACUCGUCUCAAACCUUGUCCCCUCUUUCCAGUUCGAAUAACGAAUAUGCCCGUAAAACCAUUAGUGAUUGAAGCAAGAAACAAUUCUCGAGUUGAGAGCCCCAAAACCAGGAACCGGAGGAGCAGGAAGAAGUUUAACGGCACACAAACGAAACCGAGACUCUCGGUGUUCUGUUCAGACAAGCAACUCUAUGGUAUGUUGGUGGACGACUUUAACAAAAAGUGUUUGUUCUACGGUAGUACAUUGCAGAAGUCUAUUCGUGGUGAUCCUCCAUGUACCGUCCUUGAAGCAGCGAAACGGGUUGGAGAGGAGCUCAUCAAGGCUUCUAUAGACCUCAAGAUCAACGAGAUAUCAUCCUAUGAUCGAAACGGAAAUGCUCGAGGCGAAAGAAUGCAAGCCUUUGAAAUUGCUAUAAAGCAACACGGGUUCUUACCAUAAUAGCAGGUAGUUUAAACAGAAGAUAUCACACUUAGAGACUCGCCAAGAGAAUCUUUCUUUGGGAACUUUGGAAACUUGAUCUUGGAAGCACAUGAUCUAUCAGGCACAUAAGGGCAUUCCACAAACUCUUUUGCGUAGUUAUCAAGACAUAUGUAGAUCUGGAAAAGCUGCUUUGUCCCCUUUACAUCUUCAUUGCAUUCGAUACCUGGUGCAAAUCCUAUAGCACACUUGAUGGCGUUCUUGAUCUCAUCUAAACCGUAUAAUCCACCAUCCGGUUUUAUUCCUACACAAGAACAAACAAAUGAUUAUAGAACUUUUGUUUAAGGAUGUUGAAUCUUUGAUAUAUACCUUUUUGUUUAAGUA